AUGAGCGGCAUCAUGAGGGCCGCGGCGCGUGGUGCGCGUCGCCUCGAGUCCUCACGAGUGACAUCCCACGCCCGCGCGUCGAUCGCACCGUUUCACCGCAUCGAUGGCUCCGAGAAGUCUUGGAACCCCUCCGCCGCGCAGAUCCGCGAGCCCGUCGGUUUGCCCGGCAUGACGUUCACGCCGUGGGGGGGCGUGAGCGACGGCGAGAAGAUCAGCGCCCUGGAGGCUAAGAUGCGAUGGAUGGAACACUCGAUGGAGAGGAAGAUAAGCUACCUGGAAAAGGAGCUCAGGAGUGCGAGGGAGGAGGCGGCGACGUCGCGGCAGAGGGCGGUGCCCGAGGUGCCGGAGCUGUACUCCAGGACGACGCCCGAGUCCCUGCCCCAGUUUGAGGCUCUCAGGCGGCUGAAGGUGGCGGACCUGAGGGCGCUCCUCAAGGUUCGCGGGUGCAGCACGGAAGGGAGGAAGCACGACCUCGUGUUACGGCUGGACGAGAAUAGGGACGCGCCCGUCAUAGCCGCCUCCGGACCCGCGGCGACGGCGGCUUCGCAGGCUGCGGAUGCCGCGUGGAGGAAGGUGCAGCGGGAGAUCACGCCGCCCAAGUGCACGGGACACGACGAGGUGUGCAAGGUUAGGGUGGUGAAGAAGAGCGGACCCAACUUCGGCAGGCUAUUCUUCACGUGCCCGCGGACCAAGGACGACAGCUGCGACUUCUUCCAGUGGACGCACCUGCCGCGGCGACGCGACGCGCGAGGGGGUGCGUCCAGCAGAAAGGCGUCGAGGCGGGUGACGACUGUCGAGGUUGGGGACGCGACGCUCUCGCGGCGUGCGACGAUCCCAGCCGAGGUGAACCAGGACGACCUGAUGGCGGUGAACCUGUCGGAGCUCAUGGAGGAGUUCACGAUCGUGGCGUCCGGUAGGCCGCGCGUGUACUGA